AGCCUCUUUUUUUUGUCGAUGGCAUGGUGCUAGUAGCUACGGCAGAAACACCGUAAUCACGAGAAAAUACAACUUCUUAAAACCGAAUUCGACAUUUUUUAAUUUAAAGAAUCCACUAAAUCGGAUUUUUUUUUUUUUAAUUACAUGAGAGCCGACACGACUUUAAUAUUUCCGCACCAAAAGCCUCAUUUUCCGAGGUUGGCCAUUUCUGCCCCAAGGUUAGCAAGCUAGCGGGCUAACGGUAGCCGAUUAACGCUAACCUAGUAACUCGUUUUCUGAUCAUAUUUUACUGCGAAUUCGUGAAAGAAAAAGGGGCAUUGCGCAUAAUUGAGGAAUAGCAUGGCAGAAGCCGAUAAGUUGAACAUCGACUCUAUUAUACAACGUCUGCUGGAAGUGAAAGGCUCCAGACCUGGCAAAAAUGUUCAGCUGACAGAGAAUGAAAUCCGUGGCCUCUGCCUCAAAUCCCGAGAGAUCUUCCUCAGCCAGCCAAUCCUGCUCGAACUCGAGGCGCCCCUCAAGAUUUGUGGUGAUGUUCAUGGGCAAUACUAUGAUCUGCUGAGGCUGUUUGAAUAUGGGGGCUUCCCACCAGAGAGCAACUACCUGUUCCUGGGGGACUACGUAGACAGAGGCAAGCAGUCACUGGAGACCAUCUGCCUGCUGCUGGCUUACAAGAUCAAAUACCCAGAAAACUUCUUUCUGCUGAGAGGAAACCACGAGUGCGCCUCCAUUAACAGAAUAUAUGGAUUCUAUGAUGAGUGCAAGAGGCGAUACAACAUUAAGCUCUGGAAGACCUUCACCGACUGCUUCAACUGUUUGCCUGUUGCAGCCAUUGUUGAUGAGAAGAUCUUCUGUUGCCAUGGAGGCCUCUCCCCAGACCUCCAGUCCAUGGAGCAGGUGAGAAGGGUCAUGCGUCCCACUGAUGUGCCUGACCAGGGCCUCCUCUGUGACCUGCUGUGGGCCGACCCAGACAAAGAUGUAUUGGGCUGGGGCGAGAACGACCGUGGUGUGUCCUUCACUUUUGGCGCCGACGUGGUCACAAAGUUCCUACACAAACACGACAUGGACCUCAUUUGUCGGGCCCAUCAGGUGGUUGAGGACGGCUAUGAGUUCUUUGCAAAGAGGCAGCUGGUGACGCUGUUCUCUGCCCCAAACUACUGCGGCGAGUUCGACAACGCCGGCGCCAUGAUGAGUGUAGACGAGACCUUGAUGUGCUCAUUCCAGAUUCUGAAACCUGCAGAUAAGAAGCUGUUCUAUGGUGUGGGGUUGAGCAAUAAUCGCCCUGUCACUCCCCCAAGGAAAGCUAAGAAAUGACACCCGUAGUCUGCCCUCGAACUCCAACCCAUCCCUCCUGCCCUCUCUACCUCUCUUCUCCUUUCUUUCACCAAACAGCCAGAAAUCAAACCUAUACCCAGGGCUUUUUUCCUUUUUUAUCUGUACUUCUUAAAACAUUUAAUGUUACGAAUUGUCUGAGUGAAUGCGUGGGUGGAUGCGUGCGUGCGUUCGAAGAUGACGAGCGCGUCUCAUCUGCGGGUGAGCAUUAAAAUCAUGUGUGCACGUUUUCAUUUUGUGUGAGAGUAUUAGAGAUUUAUACUUUCCCCUCUCUCUUACCACUCUUCCCGCGGAAAGGUCGAAACCACGGUGUCUGUCUGUACAGUAAUUUUGACUGAAAAGCAAGGUGUCGUGACAGUGGGAGAUGCUGUAUUGAUGAAUUUGGAAGCACACCCCUGCCAGCGGGUGAUGUAUGUGUACUUGUGGAGAGGGGAAGUAUUUUGUUUUCCCUGUCCUCUGUACUGUAAAAUCUCAAACACAGGUGUGUGCAUGUGUGUGUGUUUGCGCUUUGGGUGUUUUGCCUGAGGGUGGCGUAUCCUUACACGGGAGCACUUGCCUACCCACACACAUACACACACUUAUGCGUAUGACUCUUCAGAUUCAUAUGAGCCAGAGCUGUAAAAACCCCAUACAGUUUAGGUUUGUACAGAUUUGAUUACUUGAAAGAGAUUUUUUGUGAAUUCGUUUUGUAGUCUUUCAUCAAGUUGACCAAUAAAGCGAGAAUCUGAGCUA